GUCGUGCAUCACAACACAAAGCUCGCUGAGCACUGCAUCCAACACGCAGCAUGCAAACUCUGUUCGCGACACGGAUACAAGCUUCGCCAGCCCUACGUUACGACUCUCCUCUAGCGAUGUGAAUCUGUUUUCAGAGUCGUACAAGAUGUGGAUACUGCCAGUAUAUCCCAUUCUAACCUCCGAUGAUCUGGAUAUAAUGGUAUCAAGAUAUAACGAAGGGCCUGACCUUGAUAACUCAGAAUAUCGUCGACAACCUGAAAUUGCCACAGAAAUAAUGCUUUUUUAUUUGGUGAUGGCCCUUGGAGCCAUCAAUGCCGAAAACACCCUGAAACAAAUGCGUGGGCAACCCGAGCAAGAGAAAAUGGCUACCAUGUCAACUCCUCGGCCAUCACCAGCGUCACUUUGUAUGCGGGUUUUGCAAUUGAUGGAUGAAAACUUUCAAAGAUUGCACCCAAGUGUCAGAUUUAUACAAAUAAUUGUCUUGAUUUCAAUCUACAGCUCUUAUGGAUCUAUUGGCUCAAGCCAGUGGCAGCUGGCUGGCCUUGCGAUGAGGAUGGCCGUUGAAACGGGGUUGCAUUGUACACCCAAAACGGGUAACCAGUCAUGUUCGGCCAAAGACGAAAGCAAUCGCUUGUUCUGGACAAUUUAUAUCGUGGAAAUUAGCCUGGCCUAUAACCUUGGGCGGCCACCAUCCAUCGGUGAAGAACAUAUUGCUACUGAGCUACCAAGGCCCACGAACGAGAAUCUUCUCAGCCUACAUCACAUCAAACAUCGUCAGAUCCAAAGCAGGGUCGUUGCUCAAGUAUAUAGUGUGAAUAAUCGCAACAGAAACAUGUCGACUGAGCAGACUCAAAUAUUGAUCUCAAAUUUGCAACAAGAGCUCGAUGAGUGGCGCAUCAACAUACCACUUAUGUCUCAUGCAGAAGGGCAACAUCCCUAUCCCUAUAGCUACUGGGAGCGCCUAUAUCAUGGCACAACAUUCGUUCUACAUAGACCAAGUCCACUCUGCCCGAGUCCUCCUGCCCAGUCCCUGGAGCGAUGCAUUAGAUCCGCGGGAAGCUAUAUCGACGAUGUACUAAAAGUACUGAGAGUUACCAACGUACCGCUUUCCUGGAUGCUAGUCCAAGGAGUUUUGUUCGCGGGAUUGACAAUGCUAGUAACAGCCAGAACAGGGCUGCGACGACUUCUGUCACAUGUUGGGGCGCCAUUUCUGCUUAUUGACCUCCACUCAUGGACUAGAAAUUGUUCCAUCUGUCUCGCUAUAAUGAACGAAAGACUACGGGAAGAUUUGGUAUCCAAGCUGGAUUCUCAAUUCGAGCUACUCGCAAAUGAUACGCUUAGAAUAAUCUCUGCCAGUAUAACAUCCCAUACGACAAAGGCCUCCUCUCGCAGCCCAGCGUUUUCGGCAAAUCAUGAUAUAGCAGAGAAUGCCCUGGGAUCUGAUCAAAUUUUCACAGCUGAUACAUCAGAUUUCAACUUGAACUUGGCGGAAGAUUUGAACUAUUUCGAUAUAUUUAAAGAGUUCAUGGGUCAGGAUCCUACGCAGACAUUUUGGGAUAUGUUUCCAUAUGAACUUGGUCUGGAUGCUCCACCAGGCCAGCCAGGAACGGAGGAGGGAUUACCAUCCAUAAACUCAACAGAAUUGCUCACAAAUGAGUUAUUCAAGUAG